CAGAGACUACAGCCGACAAGGACUUGUUUACGCAAUGUGUAGAAUAUGUGAUAGAGCAUUUACAGAAGGAACCUUUUCAAGAAUUUUUAGAUAGUAUUUAUUUUAAGCGAUAUAUACAAUGGAAAUGGCUUGAAAGCCAACCUGUUACAAAGAAUACAUUUAGAAUGUAUAGGGUAUUAGGAAAAGGCGGCUUUGGGGAGGUGUGCGCCUGUCAGGUACGGGCGACAGGGAAAAUGUACGCUUGUAAGAAAUUGGAAAAGAAACGCAUCAAGAAACGGAACGGGGAAGCAAUGGCGUUGAAUGAAAAACAGAUACUUCAAAAGAUUAAUUCUAGAUUUGUAGUUAGUUUAGCCUAUGCAUUUGAAAGCAAGGAUGCUCUGUGUUUAGUGUUGACUAUAAUGAACGGUGGAGAUCUCAAGUUUCAUAUUCACAAUAUGGGCAAUCCAGGGUUUGAGGAGGAGAGAGCCAUAUUUUAUGCAGCUGAAAUUACAUUGGGACUUGAAAACUUACAUAGUGAAAGAAUUGUAUAUAGAGAUUUGAAGCCUGAAAAUAUUCUUCUGGAUGAUAAUGGUCAUGUACGAAUAUCAGACCUAGGCUUAGCUGUUGAAAUCCCCGAGGGAGAAUCAAUCAAAGGUCGAGUUGGCACUGUAGGCUAUAUGGCCCCAGAAGUAGUAAAGAAUGAGAAAUAUACAUUAAGUCCAGACUUUUGGGGUCUGGGGUGCCUCAUUUAUGAAAUGAUCGAAGGAAAGGCCCCGUUUCGAGCGCGGAAAGAGAAAGUAAAGCGAGAAGAAGUAGAUAGACGGGUAAAAGAAGAUAGUGAAACUUACUCAGCUAAAUUCUCAGAGGACUGCCGGUCUAUAUGUUCACAGCUGUUAGAAAAAGAUCCCAAAAAGCGGCUAGGCUGUAUUGAAAAUGGUGCUAGAGAGGUGAAGAAACACUUAUUUUUCAAAAAUAUCAAUUUUAAACGGUUACAAGCCGGCAUGUGCGAGCCACCGUUUAUGCCAGAUCCCAGGGCAGUGUAUUGUAAAGAUGUGCUUGAUAUAGAACAAUUUUCCACUGUAAAAGGAGUGAACCUUGAUCCUAGCGAUGACACCUUCUACAGCAAAUUUAAUUCAGGGAGCGUCUCAAUACCUUGGCAGAACGAGAUGAUUGAGACGGAAUGUUUCAAUGAGUUGAAUGUGUUCGGUGAAAAUGGUGAGCCAACGCCAGAUUUAGUAGAGGGCACUCCGCCCCCACCUCCAAGUAGAAACUUCUUAGAUAGAUUAUUUAGACGUAGACCACGGGAUGCUCAUUCCUGAAAAUUGCACAACUCAUUCACCAGACGGAGCCGAAAAAUUGCCCACUGUCUCAACUAGCAUUUAUCAUUGUAUCUGCAAGGGACGACAGCUUCCUUCAGGAAGUAUAUUCACUCUUGACUAAUUUUCUGCAUAUGUAAGGGAAAGUACUCUUGAGUGACAGUGACACCAAAUAGAGUAAUUGCCCUUGAAUGUGCUUAUUUUCAAGAGAAACUACUCUGUACAGAUGUGCUAUUUUUAUUCAUUGUAAUCCCUCGUAAAGGGAGACUACUCAUGGUAUUAAGUGGUGCAAAAGAAAAUAUGAGGAUUAGAUAAUAGGUAUUGUGUGAAAAGGAACAAAAGAAAAGGAAACAUUGUCUUGUGAAGUUGGUUUGAAAUUUGGAUACAGAUUUGGGAGAACAACCCAAGGAUAAUAAAAGAAUCUCGGACAAUGAGAAGACAAGUGAGCUUGUAGAGACAGGUUCUUUAAAAGAAAAAGAAAUACACUCGAACUUGACAUUUACGUAUGUUUGCAAUUUUGCUGGUGAAAUUGCAUCGUACCAUUAUGGAUUAUGACAGAUAGGUAUGCCACAUAGCAAAGAGUAUUAUUAGUGGGGCAAAUGGAGUUUAAAUGAAUAUAAACUACCCCUUCAGGUUGGACGUAUAAAUGCAGGAUGGAAGUUUUGUGAAUUAGCUGGUCACUAUGAGAUCGUGUCUAGUGUUAUUCUUGAGGCAUAAUAUGCAAUUGGGACAUACAAGAAAUAAAUGCUAAUUGUAGAAAGUUUUACAUUAUUGUCAUGAAAGGUAGUCAGCAUCUUCACCCCUAUUUUACCAUUGUGGAUUGUUCCAUUUAUGAAUAUGGCAUAGUUCAAAUUGACUUUAAAGGGAGGUCAAGUCAUUGGCUUUUCUUCCCUCUGUGUCCAGUGUUGACUUUUCCAAGUCACUAGAUGGAAUGGCCUGUAAUGGGUCUAGUGGGUGAAAGACUUGUCAGUGAAAUAUACUCAACAUGACUGAAAAACUUUAAAAAUACUUUUAACACAGGUGUUAUGUAUUUCUAUGUUAUGUCUUUUGUACAUGUAUGUAAAUCUUCUUGAGGAAGAAAAAUCAGUAUGUACCAGUAACCUACUGCUAGAUGUCAUUUUUCUCAAGCUCUGCUACAGAAUAUUUCAGUUCAGCUAACUCCAUUUUCUUCAAGCUCUGCCACCGAAUAUUUUGGUUCAGCUAACCCCAUUUUCCUCAAGCUCUGCCACAGAAUAUUUCGGUUCAGCUAACCCCGUUUUCCUCGAGCUCUGCCACAGAAUAUUUCAUUUCAGCUAACCCCAUUUUCCUCAAGCUGUGCUACAGAAUAUUUCUGUUCAGCUAACCUCAUUUUCUACAAGCUUGUACCAGUAUUUCAGGACCAGACUAUUGCCUGUCAAAGGGGCCUUUUGUAACUGUUUGAAUUUAGAUGUCAUUAUUAUACCAGUUAUUGUUAGCUAAAUGUCACUCUCCAGGAGUUAGAAGGACUUUUUUGGAACCAUACUGUGAAAGUAAUUGACCUCCUACUGUGCUUAUGAAGUCAGAUUUUUUUAUCACUCCAAAAGUUGUUAAGUUUAGACCAACCCAUCCUAAAAGAACAUUUUUUACUGACUGUUAGAAUUGCUCAGUUUUAUAAUACAAAAACAUCUUAGCAUACAGCAUUUUCUGAGUCUUUUAUCUUUUUUGCAAUUCUGUUUUUUCAAAAUGAUGAAAGUACAUUGAAAUAACUAUAAACAAACGUACUUUAUCUACAGUACCACUGUAGUAAUAGUAUUAUUGGUGUACUCAAGGGGAACCUUUACCAUGCUAAAAUUCUAAAAUGGACUGGUUCUUCAUUCAAUUUGGGCAAUACCAUUUAUUUUUUGAAGGGGUGUUCACUGAAAAUUUACUGACUGACUAGCGAACAGUGCAGACCAUGAUCAGCCUGCAUGGAUGUGCAGGCUGAUCUUGGUCUGCACUGGUUGCAAAGGCAGAAUCCCUUGCCGGCAGCAGGCUAAAGGUUAAAGGAGCAUGGUACAUAACUUAACUUUUGAUAUUUAUUUGUUUAAAAAGGUCUUGACGUUAAAACAACAUUGAGAUGAGUGUGUUUUAAUCUUGACUAUUCAUUUCUGAUAACAGUAGUUUUAGCAUCAAGUUUGCCAAGAAGUCCUAUGUUUUACUAUGUAAUUUCAAAGAUUAUAUUUCUUCUGUGAUGAAAAAAUCUAUUUUAACCCUUACGAUGCUGGACACGAUUGAUUCUGCCUUUGUGACCAGUGUAGAUCAUGAUCAGCCUGCGCAUCCGUGCAGUCUGAUCAUGAUCUGCACUGUUCGCUAUUCAGCCAUUAUCCUUUUGGUAAGCACCCCUUUAACAGGUAAUGGUACUGUCCAAAUUGGAAGAUGGACUAGUUCAUUACAGAAAUUUAGCAGGGUAAGGGUUUAGGCUUCAUAAAGAACCGUAAUGAGUAGUUAAAUCUUACUUCUAUCCAUAUAUAUUGGUCUGUAUGCAUGGUAAACUUCCGUUAGGCUUAGUGAGAAUGACAUCUGGUUUGUAGGGACAAGUACAUGUCAUUUAACAAAACAUACUUGUAAUGUUGUAACGUAUUCUUUUAAAUAUUUUUUUUUCUUUAUUUAUUUCAGGGUUAUUAACAUUUUAUAAGUUGUUGUCAUGUAGCCACAUUAAACUUAGCGAAAGAAAAUCGGCUUUGACCCAAAAUAAUUGAACAAAAUAAUUGAACAUAGAAAAUUUACUUUCCCCAAAAGUAUUUGAACAUAGAAAAGCAGCUUUUUCCAUAAAAAGUCUGCUUUCUCUGUAAUUCUUUAAUCAUAGAAAAAAGUUUUCUUUCUCCAAAAAUCUUUUAACAUAGAAAGUUGGCUUUUUCGCAAAACCUUUAAGCUUUUAUGAAGACUAUUUUUGUAGAUCUUUUUUGUCAAACGUAACAUGUUGAGUGAGUAAAAAUAAGGAAUAUAAUGGUAGUGUUGCCUCAGCUGAUAUUAUAUCAGUUCUUUUAUAUGCAUUUACAAUACUGUAAGCUGUGAAGCCACAACUUUAUUAAUGUUUUAGUAAUGGAGCAUUCUUGCCAGUGUUACUAGUGUAUGCAGAAAAGAAGUGUGUGUGAAAGAAAUGUUGGAGAAAAUGUAAACAGAAUGAUUGCUAUAUUUAUGACAAACCUUAAAUGAUGACUAAGCUACAGAAAAUCCCCUUUGAAGCACUUAGCCUGCAGCGAGAGAAACUCAGAAUUGUAUGGCCAUUUCUGAAAAUGAAGGAGUCUUCGUUAAAACUCUCCGUUAAAAGUCUUUGUUAAAAGUUGGUUGAGAUUUACAUUGUAGGUACAGUAUAUGUGGAAAAAAAAAUGGGUGAACUUUCAAGACAGUGAGGUGUUCAACAGGUAGAGCAAAGGCGUGAUAACAUAGUCACAUGCUGUUAACACACCUUUUUUUAUAUAUGCAGAUUCCAUGGCAAGACCUAAAUGUUUAAUGGCCCUGUAAUGCAUAAUUAAAACAACAGAAAUGAACCCUUUCUGUUACAACAUCUGCGGAAACCCUCCUGGUAAAAUAUCCACUUCAUUUACAAGCUUGAUGAUUAUAAAACGAAAAAAAUAGAUGUGUAUUCCCGACAUAAUGCAGAUUACAAACUAAAUCAUUGGAAAGCUUCGAAUGGAAUGCUGAAAUGAUAAAAACAAAAUCAAAAGAAAAUGAAUUCUAGUCAUACUAGACUUUCUUGCAGUUAUUCUCAUGGAUGCAGUCAGUUGAGCACUACUAUAGCACUGUCAAGAUUGUGAAAUUUAAAAAAAAAAAAGAUCCUUUAAUUUAAUUUAAUAGAAUUCUCAGUGAUGGUGAUAUGUUUAAGUUUAUAUAGUUUGUCAAUAUUAAUGGCAUUGCUGAACUAAUACCAUGGUUUGUUAGAAGAUUUAUGAUGGAAGAUUUUGAAAACUGGGUUGUUUACAAAAGGAGUAAAAUUGUUUGCCUAAGCUUUUCAUUUGCGUGUAUACGUUUUACCAUGAGAUAUAUAUUACUUCGUUGGGAUUUGAUAGAGUUAAUCUGACCUGUGACCAAUGUUGUAAUAUUGAAAAUGUGUAAAAUCCAUGUAGAAAUACUGAUUUUGACCAUAGUUCAAUAGUGUUACAUUUCUUGGCACAUUUUGAAGUAUAGCUGUAUCCCAUACAGGUUAAGUUUAUACUUGUCGUCUUUCUAACAAAACAUAGUCGCAUGCAUCCAGAUUUAAUGUCAGAUUUUUCUAAUUUGAAAGUUAUUAUUAUUGUUAUUAUUAAUUUAGUUGUAAUUUAGAAAAAAAGUGAAGUUUUGCAAAGAAUUCUUUAAAACACUGGUAUAGCCUGGAAAAGAUGUUUACAGAAAACUUGGGAAUUUUAAACAACUGACUUCAGUACUUCCAAAACUACUGUAUCUUCCUAAGUUACAGUAGUUUUGCUCUGAGGUGAAAGUUUUAAGAAUUAUGUAAGAGUCUGUCUGCCUUUACUUGACUAAACAGUAGUUGAAUUGCUUUGUAAGUUUGUACAUUUUCUGUAGAGAACAAGCUUACCCAAGAGGGUGAGGAGAAAUGCUGGCUGUGAGCGUAGCUUUUUUUGAGUGUUUUUUUGCUGAAUUGUUCACUGAAUGUAAUACACAGAAAUUAAACUGCCAUUUUAGAAGUGUUCAAGGAAUGUAGAUAAUGUGUGUAAAUAACAGUAUGUAGAUAUGAGUCAGUUAUUGUAAAAACCUUCAUUUUUGUAGAUGAUGGAUUUUGUGAACAUCUCAGAUUAGAUUGAAUUUGGUAGAAAAUGACAGAGUUUGGUUGAAUUUGGUGGGUUUUGUUGAAGAAGAAAUGAACUUUAUAGAAUUGAUGAAAUUGACUUUGUCUGAAUUUGAAAUUUAGCAAUAUAGAACUUAGAUGUGAAGAAGCAUCCAUUUUAUGGAUCAGUAAACUUGACUGUUGAGACAUGUCCUGAUUGGUGUAAAAAAAGAUGAACACACAACAUUGCUUCUGUUAUAACAAGGCUUUUUGUUGUAUUGAAUAUGUUUAAGAGGAUAGCUAAGUUUACAGUUUUUUGGUGUUUUUUUUUUUUCAUUUUGAGCUUUAGUAUCAAACAGUCAUGAUUACUCUGAUUAUAUUCAAGAGGAACUGGAAUUUUUUAGGACAUUUAAAAAAAAAAAAAAAAAUCAUGAAAACGAAAUUUUUGCAAAUUCUAUCCAAUCGAGUUUUUAAACUGAUGAAGUAGUGGAUAAAAUCUGAACAAAAAGUACAACAUCCACAAAAAUAAAUGGUUUUACCUAUGUUUUAUAUCUGUUAAAAGAAAUAGAUGUAAUUUAUUUAUAAACAUGUUGAAAGAUAAGUGUGCAAACAUUAUGCACAAGUAGUUUAGCUUACAAGCAUUUGUAUGUAUUUUAGUUAUCUUCUCAACUGACUAACAUUGCAUUUUAAAAUUUUAUUUGCUUGCCUGCACAUGAAAAUAUUUUUUAACGUUUAGAAUUGUUCAUGUAUCGUUAAUUGUAAAAUAUAUGUACAGUAAUGUUAAAUGUGAAUAGGUAUGAAAUUCUGUAGAUGUGGAUGAAUUGACUUUUUUUCGUUACUAGAAUUCAUAAACUAAUCCUAAUUUUCACAUUUAAACAACAUUUAAUGACAUUUUUUACUUUUUGUAUAUUCUGGUAGAGAAUUAUUUAAGGAACAAAAAGACCGAUUACAUAGAGUUAGAUUCCUAUUUGAAAUGUAUAUUUUAUUAUUUUUAUAAAAUUUUGUAAUUACUCCCCUUUAAUAUGAAAGUAUAUAAAAAGCUGGGUAUUUCUUUUUAUUUCAAUACAAUGUCUAGUUUUACAUUUGCAUUUGAUAGACAUAUCAACUAUUGAACAAUCUGAACCAAAAGGCAAGUUUAAAAGCUGUGUGUAGCUUCUGAAUUCAUUUAUUUCCAAUCUAUCUUGGUUGCGCAACCAAGAUAGGCAAAGGGAGGUAAUAAUAAUUUUUCAAACUUGCGUUUCUAAUGAAUUCCAUCUAAAUACAUAAUUUUUAAUGCAAAUGUUUAACAAAUAUAUUACAAUAUGUCUAAUAUUUAAACAUUUUCUUAGCCAAAGUAUGUUUAUCAAAUUUAUACUUAUGAUAAGAUAACUCUAUCUUGGUUGGGCAACCAGGAUAGGAAAAUGAAAUUUUAAAAAUACCUCCAGUGAAAAUCUAAUUGGUAUUAAGUGAACAUAAAUGAGUGUAAAUGAUCAGAUGCUAAAGUUUCGAACAAAUCCGUUACAUGGCAAAAAUCUGAUUAUCCUCCUUUAAGUUUUUUGAUGGAGACACCCACAAAUAAUGAAAAAUUAUUCCCCCACAAAUAUUAAUGCAUCAGUGUAAAAGAAAAAUAAUUUUCUGCCAUCUGUGGGAUGGUCUCUGUAAUGUGGUGACACAGCAUUAUUGUCACCUCGAGGGAAAGAAAUGCAAUGUUUCAUGAGAAUGGUUGUCCUCAAUAUGAUUUUUGUGAGCCACGCCAUGAGAAAACCAAUAUAAUGGCUUUGCGACCAGCAUGGAUCCAGACCAGCCUGUGCAUCCGCGCAGUCUGGUCAGGAUCCAUGCUAUUCGCUAACAGUUUCUCUAAUUGCAAAAGACUUUGAAAGCGAACAGCAUGGAUCCUGACCAGACUGCGUGGAUGCGCAGGCUGGUCUGGAUCCAUGCUGGUCGCAAAGCCACUAUGUUGGUUUCCUCAUGGCAUGGCUCAUUUGAUUUUUGUCAUUUUGAGUCAUUGUAGUGCAUGCCAGGAUAGCAGUAGGGUGAGUAACAGAUGGAAGUGAUUUAUCAACAUCUUGUGAUUUUUGCGAGAUUUUGUUAUUUGAGGAGAAUCUGUAGGUACUGUUAGUAGAGAACAGGAAAACUGGCUGUAAACUUUGACUGUGGCCAUUUAACUGAAAGAGU